ACACAAUAAGACCAUCGUGGAGCAGAAAAAUCGGUCAUUAACUCCACUUUCAACCCAAAAAUCCACCAAAAACUCCAUUUUCAAGAUGAAGGAGUGCAAAAAAUGCAAGUCUAAUGAAUAUACCAACAAGCAGCUCGUCAUGAUGAUCAAUGAAUGUGGCCACCCGCUUUGCAAAAACUGUGUGGACAACAUUUUCGCAUUGAAUUCUGGCAACUGUCACGUCUGCAACCGGGUCCUUCGAAAAAAUAAUUUCCGAGAACAAAUCUACGAGGAUCCACUUAUCGAUAAGGAGACUUUUCUCCGAAGAAAACUCAGAAAAAUCUAUAAUCUGAAACAGGAUGAUUUUGAGAAUCUUCGAGAGUUUGGAGACUAUCAGGAGAGAUUCGAGACAGUCGUCUACAACCUCGUAUUCGAGACAAACGUCAACGAGACAAAUGCCGAAAUUCAGGCGUUUGAGGAGAAGCACAAAGAGCAAAUCGAUCGGAACAAGCGAAGACUGGAUGACGAUCAGAAAUGGAUCGAAGACCAACUUCGUGAGGAGCGAGCGAUGAAGGCGAGAAUGACGGAUCAUAUGGAGAUGGACGCGAAAGAACAAGAAGCCGCCUCCGCAGUCACAGACACCCGGAAAAUUAUGGACGAACUUCGCGAUUCGAAUGUGGCGGCCGAAGUAAUUCUGGAUCGGGAACGUAAAAAGCAAAUCGAAAAGGAACUCGAGGAAAAGGAGGAACAGGAGAAACGAAAACGCCGAAAUAAGGAGAUGUUACAGACGAGAAAACGUGCCGCCGAGAAUAUGUCGUUUAAUACGGUCAUUCGUGUUGCCGGAAGGGCUUAUGUUCACCAGCCCCUCGAAUUGGUUAUCAAUGGUCCACCAAUGCCAAAUGUUUCGGAAAUCGAGGCUCUCGGCUAUCUGGCUCACAUUCGACAGCCCACUGCGGAAUACAUUGCCGGCGGCUACACUCCAAUGCUCGGAUGCUCACGUGCUCUUUUUGAGGCUCGAAUCGAUUUGUUUUCGUUCUAAAUUAUUGAUUUUUCGGAUAAUUUUUCGUUGAUUUCUGAGCAUUUUUGCUCUUUUUUGAGCCGUUUUUUCCCUGAAUUUUGGUCAUUUUUUGCUCAUUUUUGAACAUUUUUUGAUAGAUUGUUCGUCCAAUUUUUGUCCUUUUUGGUAGAUUUUUUGUUCAUUUUUUUUGCUCUUUUGUGAGCUUUUUCUUCUAUUUUUUUGCUCUUUUUUGAGCCUAUUUAACCUAAAUUUCGUCCAUUUUCUCUCAAUUUUUCCCCUAAUUUUUCCCUAGUUUCGGCCUUUUUCAGCUGAAUUUUAAGUUUUUUUCUCCCUAAUUUUUACCAUUUUUUGCUCAUUUUGGAGCAUUUUUCCCCCGAUUUUUGCUCAUUUGAGCCUAAUUUCCCCUAAUUCUGACCAUUUUUUUGUAGAUUUUCCGUCCAUUUUUUGCUCAUUUUCGAGCAUUUUUCUCCCAUUAUUUCCCUAUUUUUGGCCAGUUUCUCUCAAAUUUUGUGCUCUUUUUCCACCCAUUUUUUGGUAUUUUUUCUGAUUUUCUAGGCUUUUUUCUCAUAGAUUUUCCUCAUUUUUUACAAAUUAAACGAUUUUUCCGUCACUCAAAU